AAAGAAAACUAUUUAGGGGAUUCUCAAUCCAGGGAAGGAAGGGAAAGAGAGGAGCAAAUAUGGGAAAUAACAACUGCUUUAGAAGUCGUCAAGUAGCAGUGAAUCAUCAAAAUUCAGACAUCACCACCACCAAGCUUCCAAGCCAAGAAACAGAGAGACAAAAUGAAGGGGUUAUGGUCAGAAACAUUAGUGAAACCAAAGAAGAUGUUUCAUUGGAGAGUGAAGGAAAGAGUAGCACUAGCACUAAAAUCAUGCCAUCAAGUGGAAGAAUUAAUCUUACACCAAACCUUAAGAUAUUCACAUUAGCAGAGCUGAAGAGUGCAACCAAGAACUUCAACCCAGACGCAAUGCUUGGUGAAGGUGGGUUUGGGAGGGUCUUUAGGGGAUGGGUUGACGGGAAGACCUAUGCACCUUCCAGGGCUGGUGUUGGCAUGCCCGUUGCUGUCAAGAAGUCGAACCCUGAUAGCUUUCAAGGCUUAGAGGAAUGGCAGGCGGAAGUGAAAUUUCUUGGCAAGUUUUCACAUCCCAACCUAGUCAAGCUCUUGGGUUACUGUUGGCAGGAGUCACAGUUUCUUCUCGUGUAUGAAUACAUGCAAAAAGGGAGCUUGGAAAACCACCUCUUUAGACAGGGUGCAGAGGCACUUUCUUGGGAGACUAGACUUAAGAUUGCAAUUGAAGCUGCAAGGGGGCUGGAGUACUUGCACACAUCGGAGAAGAGUGUCAUUUACAGAGACUUUAAGGCUUCUAAUAUUUUGUUGGAUGGGGCCUUCAAUGCAAAACUUUCUGAUUUUGGGCUUGCCAAAUUGGGCCCAAUAGAUGGCAACUCUCAUAUAACCACAAGGAUUAUGGGCACACGUGGUUAUGCAGCUCCAGAAUACGUUGCCACCGGUCACUUAUACGUGAAGAGUGAUGUGUACGGUUUUGGUGUGGUGUUGCUUGAGAUGUUGACGGGCUUACCGGCUGUGGACCCAAGUCGAAGCUCAGAAAAGCAGAAUCUGGUGUACUGGGCCAUUCCCUCUCUAUCUAGCAAAAGCAAGCUCAAGAAAAUAAUGGACACAAGGCUGGAGAAGAAGUACCCAAUGAAUGGUGCAAUGAAAGCAGGCGAGCUUAUACUCAAAUGUUUGGAAUCCGACCCCAAAGACAGGCCAUCCAUGAACCACGUUUUGGAUGAUUUAGUGAGGAUAAGUGAGAUCAAAGAGAAAUCAAAGGAAAGGAAAUCCAAUGUUCUUAACUAUAAUCCCAAAUAAAGGGGAAGUCAUCAACAACAACCACGGAUUCAUCAUAAGCAUGGUGGUAAAGACAUUUGAUAUUCUACACAUCAAUAUAGAGAGUAUUAGUGUAUGUAGAAUUCCAUAUUAAUGGAUAGAUUUUGUAUCAUCUUUUGAUUUGAAGAAGUGAAAGCAAUGUUAUGUUGCAACUAUAAGAAAACCUGGACAAUUAGACAUCCAACCUAUAAUCGCAACGUACCAAUUGCAACAACGGAGCUGAUCACUUAUGAUUUUCCUAGGGAUGUACAUAUUACUUUCUAGGAAAAUCUCCAGGACAAUAUUUGGCAACUAAGAUUAACUAACCCAAAUCAACAAGCAUAAACACAGCAAUAGGAGGAACAUGGCCACAAUCAUCGAUCAUACAGGAUAGACAUUGAAUGAAAAGACGACUAUUUCUGAUUUAAGAUCACAGUAUACAUCUAAAUGCAAAAAUAAAACCUCACUUAACUUUUUUCAUUUUGAUCAGUAAAUCUCAGGUCGCCCUUCACCAUUAAAGGAUGAAGAAGUUUUUCCUUUCCUUGCCGCUUUUCAAUUUCUUGCUCCCAGUUCUUUUUAUUCUGGCUGGAGGCACAAACAUGUUUCAACUUCUUCUAGUGUUGAGAGACAGCAC